AUGCUGGUCCGAUGGCCGACGUGUGCCGUAGUCCUUCAGACUCUGCCCAUCGAAGAAGAGGCCAGACCAAUGUCAGCAACGAUAUGCUACUGGGAUCUUCAGACCCGCGCUACUACUCGCACUAGCCAAGUGGAGGUCCACGGUCGCGUACAUAUGAUCGAAUUUGAUCUCGAAGCCAAACUUUUGAUUCUGGCUCUAGAGGAGGCGGUGCACAUCUACUCAACCAAUGACGAUAGACUUGUGUCAAGAACAGUCUGCCAUCCUUUUGAAUUCCGGACCAAGGAUUUGCCUGUCUAUAAGCUGAGCGAAGCUUUUCUGGACCAUGGCUCGACUAUACUGGCGUCAAGUCAGAUCUAUGUCUGUACAGCUUUCCUCAUGGACGACAAAGAGGGUUUCAAGCAAACCGUUAUUCCACUACGCUGGCGGGCGGUAGAGGACACCUGCCUCAAUCCAAGCUGCAUGCGCACAGAGUGAGACUAUCAUUGCGUUUUGUAAAAAGGCUUCUCUGACACUACUAAGAUCCGCAUUUCUGAUCACAACAGCACUCUGGCAGACUUUGUAAGGGGCUAUUCCUUGCGUCCGUCUGGUAUUGUACUUCAGGGCAGCGAGAUGAGGCCCUACAACAUACAGCUUGACUUGGCAUCAGAUACUCUGAUAACAAGCUUCUGCUGGGGAGUGUCUCUUGUUCGACCAUUCUCCUGGUUGAGUCAGCCUGAUCUGCUCCCCCAAGUGCAGGUAGCACUGGUCCACUACAGAUUGCUGUACAGGCGUAGUCCGCACGUUGACGAGACCGUUGCUCACGUAUGCGACUCUGUCUUCAGUCAGUCAAGAAUUUGUCAAGCCCUGCACGAAGGCACAGAUGGAGAUACCACCUACACUCACCUUGUCUUGAUCGACUUGCAACACCAUCGUCUGAAUCCCUUGUGGCAAAAAAAACAAAGCCACUUUUUUGAAGACGUGCGACUUUGGCAUCUGGAAUCAAGAUCAGAAACAGUGGAAGAGGUCAACGAUCCGUCUCAUCCUGGUUUCGAUCUGGAUGGGGAGCAGCCCUGGGACGUUGUCGAUAGAGUACGAGAACUUUACAUGGAUGCGACCACGAUCUAUAUAUGGCGCGCAAAGACUGGCUUGCACUACAUCGACUUUGGCAUUGCAGCCAAAAAUGCGAGCAAGAUCGCCUCUGCUGCCCCUCCAAAAGACCAAGAGUGA